UUAACCGAUUACGUGACAAAUGGUCUAAACGGAACAACGUUGGCCGUCUACAAAUUGAAAAUUUUGGACAAAUUUAGACGCAGUCACCAUGAAACGAAAUUGCCGCUGGAGGAACUCCAGAAAGCGUCGAGGGGACUUUGAUCUGGUUGACGAUAUAUUGGUGUCGAGUACUGA